AUGUCACGUGUGGAAAGUGCAUCCCCGGGGAUGCGCCUUUCACCAGCUCGACUUCCACCGACUAACUGGCUUUCGUUUUCACUGUCUCCAAUGGAGCAGUUGAGGUCAUCAUCUGAGUCUCAGUUUGUGUCAUAUGAAGGAUCCUCUGCUGUUACUCCCCAUUAUCUGAUCGAUAACUUCUGUGCUAAUGGCUGGACAAAUCCGGAAAAUCAAGUGUUUUUUGAAGGAGGUGAGAACCGAAUCAAUGGAGCUCAAACGGAAGCAUCAAUCGCGGAUGAAUACUCCAUUUUCACGAAUUUCCAUUAUCAAGCACCGAAGCUCGAAGACUUCCUUGGCGAUUCUUCGUCGAUCGUUAGAUUUUCUGACAGCCAAACAGAAACCCAAGAUUCGUCUUUAACCCAAAUAUAUGAGCCUCAAGAUCUCAAAGAAAUUACUGGAUUUCAAGCGUUCUCUACGAACUCUGGGUCGGAGGUUGAUGACUCGUCGUCAAUGGGUGGAACUCAAUUGGCUCGCCGUCAGUUACCCGGUCACUCGAUUGAGUCACGCGGGAACAAUAGUAAAAACAACACUUGCAAGGUUGAUGACUCGUCGUCAAUGGGUGGAACUCAAUUGGCUCGCCGUCAGUUACCCGGUCACUCGAUUGAGUCACGCGGGAACAAUAGUAAAAACAACACUUGCAAGGCCAUUGUUUCGGUUGACUCGGAUAGUUCAAAGAAGAUUUCUGAUACAUUUGGUCAACGAACUUCGAUUAACAGAGGCGUCACCAGACACAGGUGGACGGGUAGAUAUGAAGCUCAUCUAUGGGAUAACAGCUGCAGGAGAGAGGGUCAAGCCAGAAAAGGCCGUCAAGUAUACUUGGGUGGUUAUGAUAAGGAAGAAAAGGCUGCUCGGGCAUACGAUUUGGCCUCCGCGAAGUAUUGGGGUCCGACCGCAACCACUAACUUCUCGAUUGCGAAUUAUUGGAAGGAGUUGGAAGAGAUGAAGAAUGUUACCAAGCAAGAGUUUAUUGCAUCCAUAAGGAGGAAUAGUAGUGGAUUUUCAAGGGGUGCAUCGAUUUACCGAGGUGUCACGAGGCAUCAUCAACAAGGCCGAUGGCAAGCAAGGAUAGGUCGGGUUGCCGGAAAUAAGGACUUGUACCUGGGUAAUUUUACUACUGAAGAGGAGGCAGCAGUGGCAUAUGAUAUCGCGGCCAUCAAAUUUCGAGCUGCCAAUGCGGUGACCAACUUUGAGAUGAGUCGGUACGAUGUCGAAGCCAUUGCCAAGAGUUCCCUUCCCAUUGGUGGGGCAGCUAAACGCCAAAAGCAUUCACUUGAAUCCGACCAAAAACCGAUAGUAAACCAUAAGGUACAACAACAGCUACCCCGGUGCAGCUCCAACAGCCAUGGUAUAAGUUUCGCUCCCAUGCAGCCAGUUUCUGACAUUCCUUGUGGAAUCCCUUUCGAUGCUGCAACAGCAACUGCAGUAUUUUAUCAACAGAAUCUCUACCAUCACAUUCAGUCUACCAACAUAGGCAUCUGCGAGUCCCUCAGAUUGUCAUCGACAACGGCAAUACCUACAAUUGUAAUGUUGCAGCCAGCAGUUGAGUUCUUAUUGCCUCACCGGUCUUAUUAG